AGUGUGCGAGACGAAGUCCGCACUUCACAUUCCAAGAUUACUCAAUAAUUUAUACGGCUUCACAACAAAACCGAACGGCUCCGAAUGACUAUUAAUCAAUAACACAGCGCCUCCCAAAGUAACUUUUAUUUCCCCGAUAAAUACCGAAAAACGCCGAAAUCCCGAUCCUUCAUUUCCGGUGCCCAACCAUUUUUUCUUCAGGCAUUCGGGAGGGCAGGCUUGCAACAUGGGUCGCAAACGCAAAACAGUGCAAGAGUACGUUCUAGAGAACCAGGAUUUCGAAAUUUUGGAAACCAGCGAGACAGAUAUUAUCUGCAAGUAUUGCCACGUUGUUUUAAGUCUCGAUAAAUCACAUUUGAGCACUCGAAUCGCCGAGCAUAUCCACUCCGUCAGGCACCAGCGGCUGAAGAAGACCUGGGUUGAUGGAAUGGGCAUUGCGGGGUACCUUGCUCAAACAGCUGCUGCAAUGAUGCCAGCUGCGACAGACCUUGGAAAAGACGUACCCGACAUGGCCGAGCACUGCUGUGUCAGCAUAAAGGAAGAAAUUUGCAACAGUGGUCCAGAAGCAGAAGUGCCCGAGGAGCUAAUCUCGCCGGAUUUGACUGUGUCCGAAGAGGAGCCCCCGAGGGAGCAAAACAGACUGCGCAUACCGGAAGCAGACACCGCCGUCAAGAACAGUCCCGGUGCAGAAUCUCCCGCUGCAAUCAAACCUAAGACGCAUCGCCCCGAAAGGAACGCUGGUGACAGUCAGGGCGAGAUCGUUUCCUGCCUACGUCGCAUCAUUGCGAUUGGAGAACAACACAUCCAGAUACAGCGUGAACUUCUGAAGCUGAAGCGAGCAAAAUAUGCAAACACAGCUCUCAUCAAAGAUACCGGGCCUCCGAGUUCUUAGCACACUAGUCCUUUCUCGCCAAGUCUCACUAGUCAAAAUAAAAUGCGUAUUUAUGUG